UAUCCGAGUGCAUACUCCCGCCGAGUACGCGUUGCGGUCCGGCCCGGCGACCGCCCCUUCAAUUCCCCCAGGCGGCAAGUAUACCACACCUGAUCUGCAUCAAGUCAUCCUUUCGGAUUCGCGCUUCUUUCUAGGAAUGGUCGUGUGUCUAGGCACAACCGUAGCACUGAAAUCGUAUUAUCUGUCAUGUGCUCGGUCGAUAGGAAGCUUUCUCGAUCAACCUCGAACCAGAGGCCAUUCAUCCGAAUUUCACCUACCUACCCCCCCGGCUCGCUAUUUGUUCGUAGAGGAUGAAUCCCGAGAGUACCUCGAAUAACUCGAGCUCUGCCGGUCCAGCGACGCCCACCAACAGUCGAAAGGAGCGGGGUGCCAUAGCUGCUCAGGCUUGCGAGUCUUGCAGACAGCGUAAACAAAGAUGUAGUGAAGAGAGACCGAAAUGCGCUACCUGUCAGCGAAUGAAUCUGGAAUGCAAAUACCGAGAGCCUCAACCGACCAAAAAAGACAAGACCCUCGUUGAGAUAUUAGAGCGACUAAAGAGCCUCGAGGGAGGGUUGAGGAAUCUUGAUGGGAAGGUCGAUAGCCUCAAUGCUCGAGGUACCCUCCCCCUAUCUAUUUAUGGCCCAAUACAUUCCAAUCCUCCCCCCGCGUCUCUAGAUCCUGGUCAUCCUAGCCAGUGGCCUCAUACAAACGUUCACCUUCAGCCCUCAGCUAUCCCCUCGACCUCGCUCCGAGAUGUGCAAUAUGUUUCUGCCACUCACAGGAUGUUAUCCUGGCCUUUUGUACAGCAGUUCCUUGAGAAUAAGGUUCCGAGCCUCGACUUAACGAGCUUAGAGAAGGACGGAGCUGCUAUGUUGUUAGGUUUACAAGGCCGAAUCGCGUCUCUGCCAACCAACAUUUAUGGAUCACCCCAUCUUGGUGCCGAUGGAACAUCUCUAUCAUUACAAGUACCUUCCCCCAGUCAGGUUGAAGGGCUACAGGCGGGUGGGCUAAGUAUAAACUGGGAAACAAUGCAAAGACUUACUAAAUCGUAUUUCGACACAUUUAACUUGAUAUAUCCGAUCAUGGACCGGCAAAUCUUCAUGUCCGAAGUCUUACCGGCUAUGGCAAGCCAAGGUUUCGAUGAGAGCAGCUCUUCGACGUUAACAUGUCUAGUAUUCGCGCUUGGUGAAGUAGCCAUCAGCGCCGUGCAAGGUGCUCCGCUUGGGACACAUAAAGGCCGUCCUAGUGGUAUUAGGGGGGGAACUGUGGAAAGGCCGCCGGGACUACUAUUCUUCAACGAGGCUAGAAAGAGAAUGGGUUUCAAUCUGACCGAAUGCAGUCUAGAAAAUGUGCAGAUAUUUGCAUUGGCAGCCAUAUAUUAUGGGACAUGUUGUCAUCAUCUGGAGUUUUGGCGUAUGACGACCUCGGCAUCGCUAGCGUGCCAGGCGUUAUUGACGAGUAAUCCGGAUGUACUAACUACUCACCGAGGGGAUUUGGUCCGGAGAACGUUUUGGCAUUGCUCCAUAAUGGAGACGUGUCUGAAUAUGGAGCUAAAUAUUCCUCGGACUGGGUUGGAUAAGCUAGAGCCACUAGUAGGACUGCCUGACUUCAGUGGUUCAUUCUCCGAAGAGGAUUAUAUCGGGAACCAAGCUUCCCACUUUCAAGAACACUUCGCUUCGCAAAUAGUACUUCGGCGGCUAUCCGUGGAGUUUCAUACUACGCUAAAUAAUGCUUUCGGCCCUACGAAUCUUCCUCCCGAAACGCCAAUAUCCCCAGCAGCCGUGAUGAUGAAGCAAAUGGCUGAGCAGUUGGAUCAAUGGAGGGGCUUAUUGCCAGUAUAUUUGCGUUGGGAGGAAGAUAAUCCAGGGGCAUUCUCAAAUCCGGCUGAAGAAAUGUACGAUGAUCAAUCGAUGUACCCGCCCCCCGUCCCUGACCUUCAUACGAAUUUUAUGUUUUCGGCGGACCUAGAUAGCCCUCCUGUGACAUAUCCUUACGCGGUGGAUAUACAGGCCGCCAGCCUUAGGACACGAUAUUACUACGUUAAGUAUCUGAUCUACAGGCCAUUCAUCUUCAAAGCCCUACAUCAUCCUGAGCAGGUGACACGGGACGACGCAGAGGGUGUCGUGGAAUGUCUUAAGGCGAUGUUAAAGUGGCCUAUUGCGAUGUCGCCAACUUGUUUUCACAAGAGACUUGUCCCAUGCCUCUUCUUCUGGUCACAAAAUCUCCUCGGCAUUCUCCUGAUCCUACACCUGACACAGCACGUGCCCAUCCUAAUGCGAAUACGGGCAUCGCUGAUGGGGACUAAAUUCGACCAAGACGCUAACGAGACGGCCGUACUAUGCAUCGAUUGGAUACGGGACCUCAAAGAUACGGACGCUACCGCUCUAUGGUGCUGGGAGAUUCUGAAAGGAAUCUACUCUCUAGGGGACGACACGUGAUGAUGCGAUUUCUUUUCCCGCCCCCGAUACCCCCUCGUUGUUCUUUCUUUCCAUCAUAGGACCUGGGUUAUAUGGCGAAGCGCACGGUAGCAAUUUGGAACGAAGCAAGAGAACCGAGUCUAUGAUUUGUUAUCUUGGGAGGUAUUAUUUACGGUCAUAAGGUAUCAUCGAGGGAAUAUCGGCGCUAGGAGCUUGCGGGAUUCGUCAGAAGUUUCUAACAGAAUAUCGUGCGGGGUGGUUGUGAUAUCUCAGAUGCAUUGCCGGGCGAGGGAUUAAAGGCUAUCUGUUUUUUUUUUUUUUUUUUUU